CCACCGACCGCACAGCGCGGAUCCUCAGGUUGCGUCUCCAGGGCUGUGCGGCCUGACGGGUGGCGGCUCCCCGCCGCGGGGCCGCGUGCCUGUCCGUCGCCUCCCGUCGCUGGCCCUGACCCUAACCUGUCUGCCUCGGCCGGUCGUCGGUCGUCC